GGAAAAUGAAAAGAAAAAAAGACAAUCCCUCGUGAGAGCGAGUCCCUAUCCAUUUACAAACGCACAUUUUCAAGCGUCCAAAAUCUCCCCACAUUGUUCCCUCAUUAAAUUUCGAAAACGACUUCGUUAUUUUCUCACCGUUUCCCCAUCCCCUCGUUUAUAAUCCCAAAAGAGGGAAAAAUGAAAAUAAAAAAAAAAAAAAUUUAUUAAAAAUUAGCCAAACUUAGCUCAUCAGGAACAUUAGUACUACAACAAGAUUUUGAAAAGCCCCAGCUUUAAGAUUUGAAUUUUUUGAGCAGUUUUUCUUCUCAAAAUUUUAAAAUUUUUUGGGUGAUGGGGGAGCAGAAGAGUAGCAACAAUAACCGGUGGAACUGGGAGGUGAGUGGCUUCGAGCCACGGCGAUUGUCACCGUCGUCACCGGAGGAGCAGCGUAGGGUCACUGCUGCGCCGUUGAUGCGACGGUACUCGAUCUCGGCGUCUUCGGUUGUGUCGCCGUAUUCUUCGGAGUUUUCUAAGCAGGCUUUGGCUUCUAAGGUGCAGCGAUUGAAGGAUAAAGUUAAGCUUGCAAAAGAAGACUACUUGGAGUUGAGACAAGAAGCUAGUGAUCUGCAGGAAUAUUCAAAUGCUAAACUUGAUCGAGUUACACGUUACCUUGGUGUUCUUGCAGAGAAAACUCAUAAGCUAGAUCAAGCUGCCCUUGAAAGUGAGGCUAGAAUAUCUCCAUUGAUUAAUGAGAAGAAAAGGUUGUUUAAUGAGUUAUUGACAGCCAAAGGAAACAUAAAGGUAUUUUGUCGAACAAGACCAUUGUUUGAAGAUGAAGGUCCUUCCAUUGUUGAAUUUCCUGAUGGUUGUACUAUCCGCAUAAAUACUGGUGAUGAUACAAUUGCCAACCCCAAAAAAGAUUUUGAAUUUGACAGAGUUUAUGGGCCUCAUGUUGGACAAGCUGAGCUGUUCAGUGAUGUUCAACCAUUUGUGCAAUCAGCUUUGGAUGGAUAUAAUGUUUCCAUAUUUGCUUAUGGACAAACUCGGUCAGGAAAGACACACACGAUGGAAGGAUCUAACCAUGACCGUGGCUUAUAUGCUCGUUGUUUUGAGGAGCUAUUUGAUUUAGCCAACGCAGAUUUAACUUCAACUUCUAAAUUCAAAUUCUCUGUCACAGCCUUUGACCUCUAUAAUGAACAGAUGAGGGAUUUGCUUUCAGAAUCAGAAAGUACUUUACCAAAGAUUUGUUUGGGAUUACCAGAAUCUUCUAUAGAACUUGUGCAGGACAAAGUUGAUAAUCCAAUGGACUUCUCUAAAGUCCUGAAAGCAGCAUCCCAAAGCCGGGGAAGUGACACAUCAAAGUUCAAUGUUUCUCAUUUGAUCAUCACAGUGCACAUAUAUUAUAGCAAUCUGAUCAGUGGAGAAAACUCACACAGCAAGCUUUCUCUUAUUGACUUGGCUGGAAGUGAAGAUCAAAUUUUAGAAGAUGAUAGCGGGGAGCGUGUGACAGACUUGCUACAUGUUAUGAAAUCACUUUCAGCGUUGGGAGAUGUUUUGUCUUCUUUGACCUCGAAGAAGGAUACUAUUCCUUAUGAAAAUUCAAUGCUCACCAAUAUACUUGCAGACUCUCUAGGGUGGAACUCAAAAAGUUUGAUGAUAGUUAACGUCUGUCCAAAUGUUGCAAAUCUCUCCAAGACAUUAUCAUCUCUUAAUUUUGCUGCACGAGCUCGAAAUUCUGUACUAAGCCUUGGAAAUCGAGAUACUAUUAAGAAAUGGAGAGAUGUUGCAAAUGAUGCACGUAAGGAGCUCUAUGAGAAGGAAAAGGAAGUUCAAGAUCUGAAACAAGAGGUUUUGGGACUUAAACAAGCACUUAAAGAGGCAAAUGAUCAGUGUGUCCUACUAUUCAAUGAAGUUCAGAAGGCCUGGAGAGUUUCUUUUGCUCUGCAAUCAGAUCUAAAGUCUGAGAAUGUUAUGCUUGUGGAAAAGCAUAAUAUAGAGAAGGAACAGAAUGCACAGCUCAGAAAUCAAGUAGCUCAAUUGCUACAGUCAGAACAAGACCAAAAAUUGAAAAUGCAACAACAUGAUUCAACAAUUCAGACAUUGCAGGCAAAACUUAAAAGUCUUGAAUCACAACUCAAUGAAGCUAAGUCCUUUAGCUCAGAAAUGCGGUCUGGAUUUUCAACAAUAACCAAAACAGCAGCAGAUGGUAUGGAUUCUUCAGCCGUAACUAAGAAGCUUGAGGAAGAACUCAAGAAACGUGAUGCUCUGAUUGAGAGGUUGCACGAAGAAAAUGAGAAAUUAUUUGAUAGAUUAACAGAGAAAGCAUCUAUGGUUGGAUCACCACAGGUUACAAGUCCAUUUUCUAAAGGUUCGGCAAAUGCCCAGCCUCGAGACCCUGGGAGGAAUGAUUAUAACAAGGGACGAUCCAUGGAUGUUGUUCCUUUGCAGUUGGCCAUGGAUAAGACUGAGGGUGCAGGUGCUUUGGUUAAAGCAGGUUCUGAUAAAGUGAGAACCACACCUGCUGGAGAAUAUCUUACUGCUGCACUUAAUGACUUCGAUCCUGACCAAUAUGACAGUGUUGCUGCGAUUUCAGAUGGAGCAAACAAGCUUUUGAUGCUGGUCUUGGCAGCUGUCAUUAAAGCAGGUGCUUCUAGAGAGCAUGAAAUACUUGCUGAAAUUAGAGAUGCUGUUUUUGCUUUUAUCCGGAAAAUGGAACCAAAGAGAGUAAUGGAUACCAUGCUUGUUUCUCGUGUUAGAAUUUUAUAUAUAAGAUCUUUGCUUGCUAGAUCACCUGAGCUGCAGUCUAUCAAGGUUUCUCCUGUUGAGUGCUUUCUAGAAAAGCCUAAUUCAGGACGCAGUAGAAGUUCCAGCCGGAGCAGCAGUCCUGGAAGAUCUCCUGUACGCUAUGUUGAUGAGCAGAUCCUAGGCUUUAAAGUAAAUAUAAAGCCAGAAAGGAAAUCAAAGUUGUCAUCAGUUGUUUCAAGAAUACGUGGACAUGAUCAGGAUACUCUGAGGCAGCAGCAGGUUACUGGUGGAAAGCUAAGAGAAAUACAAGAGGAGGCCAAAAGUUUUGCGGUUGGAAACAAGGCUCUUGCUGCACUUUUUGUCCAUACACCUGCUGGUGAACUACAGCGGCAAAUUAGGUCCUGGCUUGCAGACAACUUCGAAUUUCUUUCUGUUACAGGGGAUGAAGCAUCUGGGGGUACCACUGGUCAGCUAGAGCUUCUUUCAACUGCUAUUAUGGAUGGCUGGAUGGCUGGACUUGGUGCUGCGCUGCCUCCUAAUACAGAUGCUCUUGGCCAGCUUUUAUCAGAGUAUGCAAAGCGGGUCUUUACUUCUCAAUUGCAACACUUGAAGGAUAUUGCUGGCACCCUAGCAACAGAAGAAGCCGCUGAUGCUGCCCAAGUGGCAAAGUUGCGUUCAGCUCUUGAAUCUGUUGAUCACAAACGAAGAAAGAUUUUGCAACAAAUGAGAAGUGAUGCUGCCUUGCUAACAUUGGAGAACGGCAGUUCACCCAUUCAGAAUCCUUCUACUGCAGCUGAAGAUGCCCGUUUAGCAUCUCUGAUUUCUCUUGAUGGCAUAUUGAAGCAAGUCAAGGAUAUAAUGAGGCAGUCCUCUGUAAGUAGCAUGGGUAGAAGUAAGAAAAAAGCGAUGCUAGCAUCUCUAGAUGAGCUGGGGGAACGGAUGCCCUCCCUUCUUGACAUUGAUCAUCCAUGUGCUCAGAGGCAAAUUUCCGAUGCACGGCGCCUUGUUGAGUCGUUCCAUGAAGAGGAUGAUCGAACGCAAGAGAUACACCAUGCUCUAAAGCCAUCUGCAGAUUCAGGAUCUGGUACUGAAACUGACGUGGCACAAUGGAAUGUAUUACAAUUCAACACAGGCUCAACAACCCCAUUUAUCAUCAAGUGUGGAGCAAACUCGAAUUCUGAGCUGGUCAUCAAAGCAGAUGCACGGGUUCAGGAACCCAAGGGAGGUGAAAUUGUGAGGGUCGUUCCAAGACCAUCUGUUCUAGAAAAUAUGAGCUUGGAUGAAAUGAAACAAGUAUUCUCGGAACUUCCCGAGGCUCUAAGUUUACUUGCCCUAGCCAGGACUGCAGAUGGCACUCGAGCUCGGUAUUCUAGAUUGUAUAGGACUUUGGCCAUGAAGGUUCCAUCAUUAAGGGAUCUAGUUGGCGAACUUGAAAAAGGUGGAGUAUUGAAAGAUGUGAAGUCCUGAAUGCGAAGGGUGUUGGAUAUAAAUUAGAGAAUACCUUGCAUUCUAAUGUUAAAUGCUUGG